GAUUACUUGAUCGCUAACUUGGUAGUUAGUCUGACAAAUCUGAUUUUUUAUGUUUUUAUUUCUGACUGAGUGCACACUGCAUAGUGACUUUUUAAAUUUAUACAGUUUUUAAAAGGAUGGAACUGUAGUUGAAGUUUUUCAUUGAUAAAAAUAUUAACUUUGUGUCCAAAAUAUGUUUGGAAAGUCUGCUUAAAUUCUGAGUUUGUUUGUUUUAUUGAAUUGCCUACUUUUUAACCUUGGUUCUAUAAUGAAUUAAAAAACAUUAAUUGAAGAUGUGGUCCUAAAAUGGCUUUUGAAUUGAAUUAUGUGAAGAUAAAACCAUGAGUGCUCACAGUGGCUGUAUUAGUUGUAAUGAGAACUCUGAACAUUUUGAUAAUAAACAUGAAGGAGAAGUUUCUGAUGGUGAAGAUGCCCAGAUUCGUUUGGCACCACAUGUACAGGCAUAUCUCGCACACAACAACUCGACAACAAAUUGUUGCGGAUUUGCAAUACCUAUUGCUUUUGAAAGGGCAGCACCCGGAACAUGGUGGAAUCCUAGAUUUGAUUCCAAAAUAUUAGAAGGACAGUAUAGAAGCAGCUCUUUUAGGCAGAUAAGAUUAAGAUUUAGAUUUGCACUUUUAUACAUUUUGAUAUUUUCUAUAUCAUGGUUUAUCUACUUUGUGGUUCUCGGCUUGACUGGUGUUACUGUGAAAUGGCCAUUUUUGUGUUCUAUAUUUGCUGGAGUUCUACUUAUUACCUGCAUCAUGCUGUUUAUCACAUUUACACAGAUUUAUAGAAUAUACACAUUCCGAUUAUCCUUGGUUAUGGCCCUUGCUCUGUGCACUCUCAGCCUCUCACUGGUAACCCUGACCACACAGUUAAACAAGAAUUUAUCGCAGGUUGCCGACAUAAGCCAAUCGGGGCACUUCACCAUGUGCAUUGAAAUCCUUUUAAUUAUAUACACAUUGACACCUCUGCCAUUAUUUGCUUGUGUUAUCAUUGGACUCCUGUACUCAGUUGCUUUUGAAACUCUUAAUAUAUUUCUACAUUUAUAUGAACAAGAAUGGCAAUACCCUGGGAUGAUGGUGAGGAUAUUAGUACAAUUAUGUGUGCAUAUAAUUGGUAUACAUAUAUAUCUGAUGACAUUUGUAAGAAUGCGAGGUACAUUUAUGAAAGUAGGUCAAAGUCUACUUGUGAGAAGACAGUUAGAAAUGGAAAAGCAACUAAAAGAAAAGAUGAUACAUUCUGUUAUGCCACCAAAGCUUGCCAGCUCAUUGAUGGAGGAACAAAUCUUGGAACCAGAUACCAUAUUGAAAAGCCAUGAUCGUCUCACCGAGAGGACAUCGAACCCAGGAGCUUCAGAUAUAAAGUCAUUAUUCAGGCCCUUCAAUAUGAAUUCAAUGGAUAAUGUGAGCAUCCUGUUUGCCGAUAUAGUUGGUUUUACAAAAAUGUCCAGUAACAAAGGUGCAGACGAAUUAGUGAAUAUAUUAAAUGAUCUAUUUGAGAAGUUUGACGAGUUGUGCUUGAUUCAUGGAUGUGAGAAGAUAUCAACUUUAGGCGACUGCUAUUACUGUGUCUCAGGCUGCCCUGAACCUAGACCUGAUCAUGCGACUUGCUGCGUCGAAAUGGGUCUAGGAAUGAUUGAAGCUAUCCAAGAAUUCGACCAAGAACGAGACGAGGGUGUAAAUAUGAGAGUAGGGGUUCACACAGGGACAGUUCUCUGCGGGAUAGUCGGUACGAAAAGGUUCAAAUUCGAUGUGUGGAGUAAUGACGUGACAUUGGCAAAUAAAAUGGAGUCGACAGGAAAACCGGGCCGCGUGCACAUAUCAGAAGAGACUAGCAGAUUCCUUGGUGGUUCCUAUGUGUUGGAAGAAGGAGAAGAAGUGUUUGGUCAUAAGACGUACUUCAUCGAAGGUCGUCAGCUGAGCUCCCCCUAUGACCACGACAACUGUCUGACGCCCAGCAACCCGGUCAACUUGCGUCUGAUCAUAUCCCCUGCAGCUUCUCCCCAGUCUGCCCUCUCCUUCAGCCAUUCACCGCUACCCCUGUCCGCUAAAACGAGCGACGCAUCCAGCGAUGACAAGACGUAUGCUGAAGUUAAAAAGAUGAAUAACUUUCUAUCGCCGAGUCCAUUCCAUUUUCGUAACAAAGCUAGUUCGCUGCCUAGUAUUUUGGACUCUGACACGGAGCUAGAUGAUAAAAGAGACAAAGGUCUGAACGGUACUGACAAUUCGUCGAAAAGUCCAACAUCUGUGGGAAGUUACGGAAAAUACGCAAAAAUAAGAAACUGGAAGGUGCCCAAGUUCCUCAGGAAACACUCCGAUACUCCGCUGCAUGAGAUGAAAAAACGUAACUACAGUGACAAGACCAUUCAUUUUGUGGAAAGGAAUGAAGCUCCACUCACUUACCACACAAAUAAUGGUUAUCAUCAAGUGCCUAUCGUUAUUGAGUCUCAUGAGACCAAGAGUAGACCAUUGCAGAGUAGUAGUAAACUCAACAUCCCCCAGCACCCUGAUGCAGCAUCGUUUGAAAGGGAGAUAAUCGAUAUACGUUCGUACUUAAGUCAGUCUAGAAGUAAUAUGUCGCCUUUCGCUAGAAGUAGCAGCUAUAGAUCCCAGUAUGGUAGACCAAACGUAGAGAUACCAGUGUGUCGAGCACGAAGUUCAACCUUAGCAACUCAGGGUGAACUAAUACGUCCCAAAGACCGCAAGAUGAACCUACCUGUACCAGUAAACCACCCGAUAAGACCUUCCGAUGACAUCGUCAGCCUGUGCCCAUCUGUCAAUAGCCGAAAAGACUCCGGUAUUAGAAGCACCAGUCGAAGAUCAAGCAUACAGCACCAGAUUUUCGCGCUUAAUCACGCAACGCUGGCAACGUCCCAAGUCGAUAUAAUGCAACAUCGCGUUUCCGGUUAUUACACAUCAAGCCAAUCCUCGCUCAAUGACGUGCCGACUCGGACCAAACUUCCGGCUCCGUUGAAUGACGAACAAGUGCAGUCACUGCAGAAACUCAGGAAACAAUCUGAUCUUCAGUUGAUACGAUGCGUUCAAGAUAACGCGAGGUCGGGCAUCAAUUACUUCGUCCAACCACCGCUCAAUAGAUUGACGUUGUUCUUCAAAACCCCUGCCAUGGAAAAACAUUAUAGAGAUGAAGCUCACAGGAGCGAUGACUGCGAAGAUUUCCCGCCAACAUUAACUACGUCAAGAUUUAAUACCGCGCUAGAUAUUCUAGUAUCGCUUAUUAUUUUCUUGAUUGUUGCCGCUUCGAUUUUGCUCGUUUACAAGGAGUGGAAGUAUUCCUUUAGUUGGUUUCUGUUCUUUGUUGUUAUUGAGAUAAUAGCUAUGUCGCUGUGUAUGUACAGGCACUAUUUGAAAUGGAAGUCGAAAUCGGAGCCGCUCGGUGUAACCGAUACGAUGAGGAAGUCGGAUAAAGUAUUUCGAAAACUUUCGAAUUGGAUUCCGUGGCAUCUCUCCGGAAGUUUGUUAAUAAGUUUGCCGAUUUUGGCGGUACUUGUGAAUUUUUCUUGCCAACACACCACGCUUAGUAUUUUAGAGGGGAAACAGUCGUUUUACGUGUACCUGUUGAAUGUAAGCAUAGUGCAUUUUUGUAAUUUUACACAGAUGAACUGGCUGGUUAAGAAUACACUUGUGAUAUUUUACGCGGGUUUGUUUCUUGUCUUCGCUCUGUUAGGUUGCCGCGAAGCCAAUACACAAUUUUUAAAUUCAGAUGUCAGUUUGAUGCCAAAUCUAGACGUAUUUGCUCAAAAUAGUUCAUCGCUUAACAUGACCACUAUAUUUGAUGAUAUUCUCAGCACAAAUAGUACCCGUUUGCACAGUAUGCUGCAAGAUACGCAUCUGAAAGAGCUUUAUUUGGACGUCGCUUUGUUGCUGAUUUUAGUUUGGUUCCUGAAUCGAGAAUUUGAAAUCAGCUACCGUCUCAGCUUUUACAGCAACAUAGUCGCGAAUCGGGAUAAGCAGAAAGUACAGAAUAUGAGAAACCAGGCUGAUUGGCUUCUUCAUAACAUAAUACCACGCCACGUGGCAGAUCAAUUAAAAAACACUGCGAAAUAUUCGGAAAACCAUAAGGACGUAGGGAUCAUUUUCGCGAGCAUAGUUAACUUCAAUGAAAUGUAUGACGAGUCGUAUUUGAAGGGCAAAGAAUACCUUCGUGUACUGAAUGAGCUCAUUGCGGACUUUGACGAAUUGUUGGAGAGGCCCCAGUUCCAGCACGUGGAAAAGAUUAAAACUAUUGGCAGCACGUUUAUGGCAGCUAGCGGGCUUAACCCUAAUCUGAGGAGAACAUCACAUGAACCGCACGAGCAUCUCUAUCAGUUGAUGGACUUUGCUCUAGAAAUGCAGAAGGUCGUUGAUAAUUUCAACCAAGACCUGCUCGAAUUCGAUUUCAUUCUGCGGAUUGGUUAUAAUUUCGGUGAUGUCACUGCGGGUGUUAUUGGCACGACGAAAUUGUAUUAUGACAUUUGGGGUGACGCGGUGAAUAUCGCUUCUCGAAUGGAUUCCACUGGUGUCCCAAAGCGCAUUCAAGUCGGGGACGCUUGUAUCAAUAUUCUUUCAUCUAGGUAUGAUUUCGAACCGCGCGGAAGCGUCUACGUAAAAGGUAAAGACAAUAUGCACGUCUAUCUAGUGAUAGGUAAAAGGGAUACUUAGAUAAGGCUGUUUAUAACAAAAAUGUAGAAUCUGUGAUUUAAUUAUUUAUUUAUACUUAUUGUAAGAAUAAAUGGUAUUUUAAAUGGAAUGUAUCGCUUAACUUAUUAUAUAAAUAUUAUUGCGCGGCUCGGGUGGUGCGAUUUACGGCCGUUUUCAAUAACCUAUCUAUCCUUAGUUUAACUUACGGAUACAUUACUGUCACCGUUUAAUGACAAGAUCUUAUCUAUCCAUAGUUAUGUCCAAUAUGGUAAUAGUCCAAUGCUUUGCAUCUGUCAAUAGGUUAUCGAAAUGUAAGUAAGCGUAAAAGGAUAGAUUUGUAUACCUCUAGUAAGUUAAACUAUGGAUAUAUAGGUUAUUGAAAACGGCCGUUAAUUAAGGAGUUGACUGUAGUAAAGAUUAAUAUUUAUUUAACACAAGACCCGUGAUAAUUACGUACAUUGGAAAUCAAUUGGAAUGUAUGUUACUCAUAAUUUAUAUUGUGUUGUGUAUGUGUAACCAGUGUUCUAGUCGGUUAAAUUAUAAUUAGAACAAUAAUCGCCAGAUUUGUAUGUGUUAGUAAAUAAUAUUUAUACAAAAUAUAACUGAAAAAUUGAUAUUGUGUUUUUAAAAGUGUUAUUUCUGAGUACUUAACUACAGAUUUUUAAGUUUAUUAACAAUUUAUAUUAUAGAUAAUGUAAUGGUCGACUCUUUCCCUUAUGUCAAGAUCUAUAUAAGUCUGUAAUAAUUAAUCUCCUCUUUUAAGCAAUUGACUUUUUCGUGAUACCCCUAAUUCCGGACUCCCAUCAAACCUUCACCCAAUGAAUGUAUAAAAAUAUUCAUAUAGAAUUCCUGCGUUUGUGUAUUUUUCACGGCAGAUGCAAAAAAGUUCUUUGUUAAACUAUUUUAAACAAAUUC